CCAUUUCGUCCGUAGCUGUACACUUGUUGUAAUUAAUAGCUUUGCUUCCGCAAUGCCGACUACGUCGUCGAUUCUACUGUUUAAGGAUAUACACAUCUUCCGUGUUCUGUUCUUUUACUCACUCAUCUUCUGCCUCUCAUUUGUUAUAAUUAUCUCUUUCUCUCUCGAGUUCAAUUCGUAUCUCAUCACCACUAUGCAAAAAAAUUAGAAUAUUACUCCUCUCCGUGAUUGAAGUUUUCCCUUCACAUUCUGAUAUUUUAAAUUAAAAGACGAGAUUUUUCUGGUAAAUUGUCAGAGCUAGUGUCUUAUAUGAUUUGUUGUUAUUUGAUUGCCUUCAAAGUUUCUGAUACUUUAGGAUUGUGUUUGGUUUAGAAUUUGAUAUUUUGAUUUUACAUUUCUUACAUUAAGAGCCCUUUAAUGGGGUUGUUCAAUGGUUCUGAGUAUGUGCCUCUUGGUGAGUUAUCUGCGCCAAGGGAGAAUCAUACAAGGAGAGUUUCUUUUCUUCCUUUGGUAUUUAUCAUCUUCUACGAGGUUUCUGGGGGUCCCUUUGGUGUUGAGGACACAGUGCAUGCAGCAGGUCCUUUGUUAGCCCUUCUGGGGUUCUUGGUUUUUCCAUUCAUAUGGAGUGUUCCCGAGGCUUUGAUCACUGCAGAGAUGGGUACCAUGUUCCCUGAAAAUAGUGGUUAUGUGGUUUGGGUCUCUUCUGCUUUGGGUCCCUUUUGGGGGUUUCAGCAAGGUUGGAUGAAAUGGCUAAGUGGGGUGAUUGAUAAUGCUUUGUACCCAGUUCUGUUUCUUGAUUAUCUGAAAUCAGCAAUCCCUGCAUUGGGUGGUGGGGUUCCCAGAACUUUUGCAAUUUGGGCCUUAAUUGUGGUCUUCACUUACUUGAACUAUAGGGGUUUAACCAUUGUGGGGUUUGUUGCUGUUCUUUUAGGUGUUUUCUCACUCCUUCCCUUUGUGGUCAUGGGGUUCCUGUCAAUUCCACACUUGAAACCUUCCAGAUGGUGUGUGACAAAUCUGGAUGAUGUUGAUUGGAACCUCUAUUUGAAUACUUUGUUUUGGAAUCUCAAUUAUUGGGACUCUAUUAGUACUCUUGCUGGGGAAGUGGAAAAUCCAAGGAGAACUCUUCCCAAGGCUCUAUUUUAUGCUUUGAUACUUGUGGUUCUGGGCUAUUUCUUCCCUCUGUUAAUUGGCACCGGUGCUGUUCCCCUCAAUAGGGAGUUGUGGAGUGAUGGGUACUUCUCAGAUAUUGCUAAUAUUGUUGGAGGAGUGUGGUUGAGAUUGUGGCUUCAAGCUGCUGCUGCAAUGUCAAACAUGGGAAUGUUUGUUACUGAAAUGAGCAGUGACUCAUUCCAGCUUCUAGGCAUGGCUGAGAGGGGCAUGUUACCUGAGUUCUUUGGCAAGAGGUCUCGCUAUGGAACACCUCUUAUAGGCAUACUCUUUUCAGCCUCUGGUGUGAUUCUACUAUCAUGGCUGAGUUUUCAAGAGAUUGUGGCUGCUGAAAACUUUUUGUAUUGUUUUGGCAUGAUUUUGGAGUUUGUUGCAUUCAUAUUGUUGAGGAUCAAACACCCCAAUGCAUCUAGGCCUUACAGGAUCCCGGGGGGAACAACUGGAGCAAUUGCUAUGUGCAUUCCCCCCACAAUUUUGAUUUUUGUGGUUCUGGCUUUCUCAUCCAACAAAGUAUUGGUUAUAAGCCUCAUUGCUGUGGCCAUUGGCCUUGUGAUGCAACCUUGUCUUAAAUUUAUGGAGGAAAAGGGAUGGAUGAGGUUCUCAGUUAGGUAUGAGUUCCAUGAUCUUGACAAUGAGGAGAGCUUGCACUCUUUUGUGAGUUAGACUUCUCCUGUUUGAAGAGAAAAUUACACUGAAUGCACAGAACCUGAAAUUAAAAUGCAUUUUGUCUAGUUACAACUUAAGCUGCGUGUCAAUUUUGUGAGUUUGUUGAUAGAACGGUAGGUUGGUCACUAGACACCUGAAUCAGAGAAUUAGAAUGUUUUAAGAAAUGAGUUUAUUUGGUUUCUAUGUAUCUAAUUUUCUUUUAAAUUAUAAAAUUUGGAAAUUCAUAAUGUAAUUAUAAUGCUGCCCUUGUAAAAAUGCCUCAACCACAAUUUUUUUUA